CACCUUGGCCUCAAAGGACGGUUGUGGCUCAUAUGCCUUGAGUAAAGAGACAACUAUAGGGUGAACGAACUGUCCGAAGUGGUAGCUUACCAGCUGUAAUAAAUUUAAAUCUCCUUGAUGGCGCCCAGGGCCUCAUAAUUGUUUUCACACCCACCCCUCCUUUUUUAAAGUCGCGAUCCGACAGAACCCAGCUGGCCUGGUACACCUGGCCUGGGCUAGCCCGAGUCGACGACACACUUCCGGUCAAUGCAGACACAGCUGAACUCGAUCCAGUAUGCAACGGAAUCGAGAAGGGUUUAGACUGGCAUCGGUGCUACUGGCCGCUGCCAAUAUUGUCAUCCCUAUCGCGAUUCUAACUUUUGCAAACGGUUUCUUUCCAUACAAGCCAUCGCUGCCGGGGUUGUCCAAGUAUGAGGAUGUCGAACUGGGACUUGGUCCUCCACCGGAUGCACCGUUUGACAGGUUGAUUUUCAUGGUGGUGGACGCAUUAAGAAGCGACUUUGUGUUUUCUGAAGAAUCUGGAUUUGAAUUUACACAAUCACUUAUCCGCAAUGGCAAUGCCAUUCCAUUUACGGCCCAUGCAACCUCUCCCACGGUUACCAUGCCCAGGAUCAAGGCCAUCACCACCGGGUCUAUCCCAUCCUUCCUCGAUGUAAUUCUCAACAUCAACGAGGGUGACGAAAGCUCAUCACUGGCUUCUCAAGACACCUGGCUUGCGCAGAUGAAGGCAAAGGCCACGGGCAAGCUUGUCAUGCAUGGAGAUGAUACAUGGCUGAAGCUCUUUCCCGACACCUUUGACCGUGCAGAUGGCACUUCCAGCUUCUUUGUGGCUGACUUCACCGAAGUGGACAACAAUGUGACGCGUCACAUCACUCCAGAACUGAAUAACGAAGACUGGAGCACACUGGUUCUACAUUAUCUUGGUCUGGAUCAUAUCGGACACAAAGGCGGUCCUAGAAGUCCUUAUAUGCUUCCAAAGCAGCGCGAGAUGGACCACAUCAUCAAAGAGAUCUAUUCAGCCAUCGAGUCUCAGCCAGCUCUUCAGUCCACAGUUCUAGUUGUCUGUGGAGAUCAUGGCAUGAACGAUGCUGGUAACCAUGGAGCCUCUUCCCCUGGAGAGACCUCUCCGGCUCUUGUCUUCAUGUCCCCCAAAUUCAAAGCGUUGAAGAACAGCUACAAUGCCCCAAUUCCGUACAAGGAGAACUUUAGCUACUACAGCGUUGUUGAACAGUCUGACUUGGCUCCCACCUUAGGAGCCCUCCUUGGCUUCCCUGUACCCAGAAAUAACUUGGGUGCACUGAUUCCCGAGUUCCUACCAUUUUGGCCUUCUCGUCGGGACAAGACUCAACUGCUGCUGCGGAAUGCGCGGCAGAUUUUAGGCAUUGUUGAAGCUACCUAUGGGGACAAGCUAUUCACCAGCAGUCUUCCAGACGAAAUUUGUCUUCACGGAAAGUCAUCCAUGGGCGUCUUAGCCUGCGAAUGGAAGAAAAUUAUAGAAACUUCAGGUGAAGAGGUGACAUCUGAUCGCGAGUUUGAUGCUGAAUGGGUACCUCGCACGGUGGCUUGGCUUCGCGAAGCGCAGAGCAUCAUGAGUAGUAUGGCCAGCAACUACGACAUGCAGAAGCUCAAGCUCGGCCAGAGCAUGUCUAUCGGAGCCAUUGGUCUUACUCUUGGAGUGCCAUAUCUUCUCGGAGACGAACCACGGUCCUACAUUCCAUUGUCUUUGAUCAGAGGACUCUACAGCAUUAUGAUGUUUGCAAGCAGUUAUGUGGAAGAAGAACACCAUUUCUGGUACUGGUUCACCACUGCUUGGCUUGCGUAUAUCGGGUUCAGGCGACUGUACUUUGGCAGUUCAAGGCUUUCAGCCGGCGAGAUCGUGUCUAUCAUAGUAGGUCUGUUGGCAAUGAGACUACUAAGAAGCUGGAACCAAACAGGCCAAAAGUUUGCAGGCGAUCCAGACAUUGUCAAGAUCUUCAUGAAACCAAAUCCAAGCCUCCUUUGGUCCUUAAUCCUUGUUACUUAUUUCUGGAUUUACCGCGAGCUGCUCAGGGGCUUCAGUGGUCUGCCAACACCGGUCAACAUCACAGGCACCACCACAAUCGUCCUGGCUGCCUUGUCCUUCAAGUUGGCAUUCACAUACGAAGAAUCCCCCGAGAUAGUACCUGGUUUUGCAGAAAUAUUACUCAACUUUACUGGAAGCGCAUCACUAUUGAACCGCGCCCGCGCUGUAUUUAUCGGCCUGUCCAUUGGCGCUGCCUGGGUGAUUUUCUCCAUGGUCACCAAGCUUGGCCGGUCAAAGAAAGCCACAGGCUCCGCGACACUACACCACCUCUUUACCCUCUUCGCCAUGACGCAGUCCCGCGCCACCAACGUGCCCCUGUUUCUCAUCCUCGACGUCAUUUUCAAAUUCAUCAGCUCCCAGCCUCUCACACCAGAGGAGCUGUCAACGACGACCCUACUGCUCCAGUUUGCCACAUUCUUCGCUUUUGGCGGCACAAACUCCAUCUCUUCCGUCGACCUGUCGAGCGCGUACAAUGGAAUUUCGGACUUCAACGUCGUCGCGGUCGGCAUCCUGACGUUUGUCGGCAACUGGGCCGGCGCCGUGUACUGGACCUUUGCGACAAACACGCUGCUGCUGCGCAAGACGAAGGCCGGCGCCGAUCUGGUCUUCUCCCGGCACGUCACCGUGCUGACCAUGUUUACCGCCGCCAGCGUCGGCGCAAUCAUGGUCGCCUGCACGGUGAUGCGCACCCACCUGUUCAUCUGGACCGUCUUCUCGCCCAAGUACCUCUACUGCAUGGCGUGGACUUUUGGCCAGCACUUGGUUGUUAAUAUCGGUCUUGGCGGACUUUUGUACCGGUUGGGCUUGCUUUAAGUCUCGUGCUUUUUAUAUGGCUUUUUUUCUUCUUCUCCUGAUUCUUGUGUUGAAAAGAUCUCUUAUGUAAAUUAGGAUUCAUAGCUAGAUUUCAUGUUUGGUAGGUGCUUCACUGAUCUAGAAAAGAUCCCAAAAAGAUAAACCAGUAAAAGAUGAGCAUAAAGCGAGGGUUUCAUACGACACAACAAGGUAUUCAUACCAGACUAGCCGAACCGAAAUACUAGGCAAACUACCUGGAUAACCCGGAUGACUAUCGUUUUCCUUUCCGUACCUCUGCCUUCUUCUUGCGCAUCAUCCUCUUGCGACCAAUGAUCUGCUGCCUCAUUGCCAAUUUUUUACCCGCCGACUUUGAAGGCUUCUCACCUUCUCCCUCCAGCAUCUCCUCCUGGGCCCCGUCGGACCGACUCUUUGCGACCUCACCCUUGAAUCUGGUGUCGUCGCCUGGUUUCAGCUGAGGCUUGGCCGCAUCUGUCCCAGCCAGACCUCUUGCCCUGUCCUGAGCGGCGCUCCGCCUGGCGACGACGUUUGCGUUCUCAAUGGCAAACUCGACGAUGAGACGCGUGGCCUUCUUGCCGGUGCCGCCCUCGACGGCGUGACCAUUCAGCCAACGCGCGCCCAUCAGUGCCCACCUAUGCGACGAGUACUCGAUGAAGCCGUAGCCUCUGCUCUUGGCACCGGCGUCGGCGGCAGCGCCUUUUCUAGGCUCGGCCACCUUGGAACCGUCCUUGCUCUCGAAAACGACCUUGGCCUGUGAUACGACACCGCUACGCUUCAGCUUACGCUUGUGCUCGGCUUCCUUGCCCGUUUUGGCAGCGCGCCUCGACUCCUCCUUGGAGAGCGGUUGGCGCUUGCCCGCCUUGACGUCGGUGGCGAAUCCCACGACGGCCUGACGCGCCAGGGCUUUGAGGUCCUUGGAUGUCAUGCUGCGUGGGAUGUUGCGGAUGGCCAACCGAGUCAAGCUCAGGUGUAGACUGGGGUUGCUCUCGAUCAUCUUCUUUCGCUGCUUCGCGCUGGCCUCUCUCAUCUGGAUCUCGGAUUGAGGGAGCUGGUUGUAAAUGGGUGAGUCUGGGCGUAUCUGGCCCUCGUUCAACAGAAACAAUCGUCUCUUGUCCUUCUCCUCCGAGUCACGGGCGGCCGCAGCCUCAGACGUGAGCUGUUGUGCCUCUCCCUUGCUCAAUGCCUUGGACACCUGUAGAACACGGCCUUCCAGAGUGUACUUGCCAUCCACAUCUACUGUCUCGUCUUGGAGAACAGAGUGCUUGGACAGCGUUGGAGCAGUCCUGUGUUUAGGCGCAGCCCGAAGGCAUGACUCCGCGUCCUCGGCGUUGAAGAAACAAACGAAACCCUUGCCAGCCGAUUUUUGGGUGGCAUGAUCCAUGACUACUCUGGCGUACCUGACAGCACCGAAGUGUGUGAAGUGUUCCUUGAGCUGCUCAUCGGUUGUAGUGAAUGGUAGGUUCCGUAUGAACAGCGUGUUAGAGUUGUCUGUCGUCUGAGGUCUUUGCUUGGCAGAUUCCACAUCUUCGUCCUCGUCGUUCACAUUUGCCCCGCCCUCCUCUUCAUCUUCGUCAUCCUCAUCUUCGCUCCUUUUGUCUUCGUCAUCAUCCUCGUCGCUCUCGUCCUCAUCUUCUAGAUUGUCACCUUGAUUGGCGAAGAAGUUCUUGAGAUCUUCAUCCUCGUCAAAUUCAUCGCCCCCUUUCGGUUUUGUUUUUGUACUGGCUUGAUCGACCUUGCCGUUGGCCUUGGCGUCUGCCUCCUUGGUCUUUGUCUUCUUGGGCGUAUCAGAGUCAUCUUCAUUGUUCUGCUGCUUCUCCCAAGUAGCCUUGUCGACAGCCCAGUCAACGGCGAUAGUCCUUCCAUCAACUUCCUUGCCAUUUAGGCCUUCGAUAGCCUUUUCCGCAUUCUUCUUCCCCCGCAGGGUCACAAAACCAAAACCCGACAGCUUGCCUUUGGAAUUGGGCAAGUCGGAAAACCGGACCUUUCCAUAACUUUGAAACAGAGCUGAGAGUUGCUCCUUGGUCUUAAUGCUCCAUGGCAAAUUCCUUAUGAUCAACUUGGGCGGCUUGCGAUCCUCGGCUUCCUCUUCCUCCCUCUUGCGCUUCUCGGCAGCGAGGGGCGUGUCAACAGUAACGCCGGCCUUUGUCGCGGCACGGUGUCUUGGCUCUGCGAUUUCCAGCCUCAGACGGCGGCCAUCUAUCAGAUGGUUGUCGAGCUUCUCCUUGGCCUGAAGCGCAUCCUCGGCGUCGGUGAAUGUGACGAAACCAUAUCCGCGAGGGGUCUUUGUCUUUUGAUCAAGAACAACGGUGGCGUGCUUGACGGGAAAGUGUUGCGAAAAGAGCUCAGUCAAAGUCUCGCUGGUGGCACUGGGGGGCAGAGAUCGCACGAAGAGUGAGCGGCGUUCUUCAACUCGGGCCUUCUUGGUAGGUGGUGCGGCAUUGGUUCCUGGGACUUCAGCAGCGGAAGCAAUUGCCUGCUCUUGAAUCGCCUCGGCCUCUCUGCGCCUUUUUUGGCUCCCAGACUUGGCCAUGGUCAAAAGUUUUCCAGUGGAGUCAGUUGUAACUUGGCGUGGAGAGAGUUCUAUCACAAACUCUUG